GUUCUAAUAUCGGUUUUCAUUCUGAUCCUGCUGGCUCACUCACUAGUUGUGACUUGGGUAAACUGAGUCUGCAUCUGUUUAGAUGACUCCAAGUAUUUAAAACUAUUCUGUGGAGAAUUUUUGUUCUGCUCUGAACCCAGAAGGCAGGAAUGAAAAAGGGGAAAGUAAUAGAGAGAUCACUUUAGGUUUAAAAAAAAAAAACAAAACAAAGAAAAAAGCUUUUAUAGUGAGAGCUAUCCAUUAGUGGAAUAGACUGCCUGGGGGAGUGAGUCCCCCAUCUAUGGAAGUUUUCUAGUGAAAGUGGGAUGCCCAAAUAUGGCUCAUCGUUCAGAGAGCACUGGAAGCUCCAAUAUUCUCUGCUGCUGGAGGACGCAGGCUUACCGCCCGUUUCUGACACUGACUUCCAGGAACUUCUUUGCUCAGCUGUCAGUUGGAGUUCAUUGUAAGGCUCCAGUAAGAUCAAUUGGAAAGGCCUCUGAUACAUGUCAAAGCUUUCAGAAAUGACCAUUGAGUCUAGCAGCAUCUGUCAAGCACCCAGCACAUGGGCACAGAAGUUUUGUGGGUCCUCCCCUCAAGGAAAUGACAUUCCUUAGAAAGGAGACAGUAGGACAUAUCAAAUGCAUCCUAAGUAGUUUCUGGGAUUCAGAAUGAAGCCUGUUGACGGGGUAACCAAGGUGAUGUUGCUGAGUAACAGCAAGUCAAAGAAAACAUCAUUAUUAAUUAUCUUUAUUAUCCUAAGAAUUCUAAGUGCCCUUUCAAUUCUGAUUCUCUGUAGUAUAGUGGGCUGCGUUAGCCCCCUUUCCCCUCCUUCCAGGAGGCUCUCCCAUGAGCCCCUUUCCCCUCUAACCCUCCUAAACUAAGCCCAAAGCCUCACCCACCCGAAAACAGGACAGUAAGGCUAGUAUGUGGUACUCAAUGAUGCUGAGCUCUGGCUAUCUUCUCCCCCUCCUAGACUGAGGUCCCUGGGAGCAGGCAGGGACUUGGACUGAACACCUCCAGCCUAGUCUAGGGGAAACAGCUGAGCCAGGGAGUAGGAGGGUGAAUCAGCCUUCCUCUGCCCCUUGGAUUCCCCUUCUCUAGAAAUGGGAGAUGAGCCUAGCUGGCCCCAAUCUGAUAGUUCCUGACGAAGCUCUGAAACUCCGGAUGCAGGGAGCAGAGGGCAGAGGGGGAUGGGUAAAUAUUUCCUGCCCUCAUUUGCCGGUUUCCGUUUGGCUGAAUGUCUUCCGCUGGGUCUGGAUUCUGAGUUUUAAGAAAUCUGCUGGUUUAGCCCCUCCCUCUCUUCCUCUCCCUUCUGCCUGGGCUGAAGUUUCCUUCUGGAGCUCUGAGCCCCUUUGCUUUCUAUUUGACCCUGGCUUGCGAACAUCCUCCUCAGUCCUACCUAUGCCUCCCCAGGCUGUUGAUCAGAGGCCUUUGUGGCCCUUAAAGUGUUACAGGCUCUUUCCAGUGUGGUUAUUUACUGCCCCCUCACCCCCCACCCCUUUCCCUUCUCCUGGAAUGUGUUCCCUCUCCCCUUGCUCCUCCCCUCCAGGCUCCAAGCUGAGCUCAUGCUCUGAUUCCUAUUGAAUCCUGACCUUCCAGCUGCUGCGCCCCUCCCCUCCUCUCCCCCCCCCAGUGCUUUACAUCAGUUUUUAUGGCCAUAUCCUCUCCCUUUCACAGCCUAAAUUCUGUGUGAAAGAUCCCCAAGUCCUAAAACAGAACAGUGUUUAUUGCAAGUGCUGAACUGAUUAACUGGAGCAACUAUUAUUCCCUCUUGUAAAUCUUUGUCUAUCCUUCCCAGAUACUCUCCCUUUCCCAGGAAUAUAACAAUUUUGUUCAAGUCUCUAGGAUCUUCAUCAGUUGGCUGUAUGUUACGGAAUAUUAUCGUUCUAUAAGAAAGGAUCAGCAGGAUUUCAGAAAGGCCUGGAGAGACCUACGUUAACUGAGGCUGAGUGAAGUGAGUGAAGUGAAGAGAACAUUGUACACAGCAAGAUUAUGUGAUGAUCAACUGUGAUAUUGUUGAGGUCUAGAUUUGGGGGACCUAAAUGAAAUUAGGGUUUAGUUGAGGCCUAGUGGCAGGUUCGGGGUACAGGGAACCAAAUGGAGCUCCCCUGCAAUCCCCCUGGAUUCGGUGCAAGAAUACGGUGGUAAAUGAGGUCUAGUAGCAGCUCGAGUCCCCAAUAAAGGCAUUUAUUGGCCUGAGAGCUAGAUUGAUAAAAGAGGUUUAUUAUUAGGUUUGGAAGUAAGGAGAUAGGUGAAGAUAGAGAUAAGGAGGGCACCGGACAGAGGAUCCAGUGGACAGAGGGUCCUCACAUGGCUACUAUGUUUGGAAUCUCUGCCAAGAGGGGUUCCCAGCCUGUCCCUUUUAUAAUAGGAGAUUUAGCUGGAGGGGCUUUGGGUGUAGUCCCAAAGUUGGCUCAGAUCUGGGUGGGGCUGGGACAGGUCCGGAUCUUCUAUUGGAAUUCAAAGGGACACCAGGAUUUGUGAGUCAAAGGAUAAUUACAUUAACUAAGGAGGGGUUAGGAAUCAAAGAUAGGAAUCUUUCCCACAUCAAUAUGGUCGUGGCUCUUUUCAACACUGAGGUGAUUCAGGCCAGUUCCAAUGGUCUUGGGAUGGAAGAGUCAUCUGCACCCAGAGAGAGGACUGUAGGGACUGAGUGUGGAUCACACAUAGUAUUUUCACCUUUUUUGUUGUGGUUUGCUUGCUUUUUGUUUUUUCUCAUUUUUUCCCCUUUUGAUUUGAUUUUUCUUGUGCAGCAUGAAAAUAGAGGAAAUAUGUAUGGAAGAAUUGCACAUGUUUAACAUAUAUUGGAUGACUUGCCAUCUAGGGGAGGAGAAAGGGACAAUUCGGAACACAAGGUUUUUCGAGGGUCAGUGUCGAAAAAUGAUCCAUGCAUGUUUUUGAAAAUGAAAAACAAAGUUUCGAGGUUUUCAGGCUGGAUUUUUGAGGCUGGGAGAGCAGGAUCUAAAGUCUGUCACCCCCAGCCUCUGCCUGAAGAUGAGGUGACUUAAGGACAUGCCAAGGAGGCUGGGAUGGCCAUUCCUACUGUCCCUGGUCCUAAAAUCAGAGCACCCCUGGGAUUGCCCCGGGGUUUUCCUUUCUGAGCCUCAGUUUCCUGAAUGAGAAAGCUGGGUGCCUCCUCAGAGUCUAUUCUGCCUCUUUGGCUUGCCUAAAUCCCCUUAAGGGCCCACAGGCAUACUGGGUCCUGAGAACACAGGAGGCCCAGAGGCUUUGCCUCUGCUCCCUGGGAGAAGACUUUAUGCUGGCUAAAGCACUAGACAGGAAGCCUCAGGGGGCAAGGGGCAGGGCAGCAGAUUAAGCCUCUGGGGUGUAAGCCGCAGAGGCAUGCUGUGGGGGGCAUGUGGUUAGGGGCAGCCUUCUGAGGCCCCACCCAGCCCCUCCCCCAGCUCAGCAAUUCUGGGACAGCAGAGGAGGUGGCAGUGGGAGGAGGCAAGAAGGGCCCACAGGUCUGCUGAUGCAUCCAUCACCUAGCAACGUAGCCAAAACACCUAGGCUGGGCCUGGCCACUGGGCUCACUCCUCCGGCUUGCUGACCAGCUAGCAGGUGACCCACCUGGGCAUGACACAGAAGCAGGAAAACCACAGCCUGCAAGGCCACGCCCGCACCAUGCCCCAGAGACGGGGGUCAGGGGCCUCUCGUGACUCCCGGUCUCGCAGAUAGGCCCAGCUCGCCAUGACCGGGAAAAGACUCGCAGAGACGGCCCGGCCCGAGGAGGAGGAGGAACCCGCGCGCCUGCGCAGUAGCGGAGACGAACGGGGGCCGGUGCGCCUGCGUAAUGUAGAGGAGCCGCCUCGCGGGGCCGCUGUGCCGGGCUCCCGCCGGGGCUCCCUGCUCGGGCCUGUCCUGGCCCCGUCUCGCCGCCCCUCGCUGGCUGCCGCCCUGGGGUCCGGACCUCGGCGCUCCUCGCUGGGCCUGGCACUUUCUUCGCUCCCGGGCGCCCGUCCUAGGCGGGCCCCGGUGCCGGCCUUGGGGGCGUGGCUGGGGCCCGGCCCCGCCCCCGGAGCGCGCUGGGAGGCGGAGCACGUGCAGCGCGCCUUGGAGGCAGUGCUGAACGGCGCACUGAAUGGCGCGCGCUACCCGGCGGGCGGAGCCGGGGCGCUGGCACGCGGCCUCUGCGAGCUGGUGCGCAAGCGCGUGCGCGAGCUGCUGCCGCCGCGCUACAAGCUGGUGUGUUCCGUGGUGGUCGGGCAGAACGCGGGCCAGAGUGUGCUCGUGGCGAGCCGCGCGCUCUGGGACCCCGCCAGCGAUGGCCACGCGUCCGCGUCCGUGUGCGCGGCCACGCUUUUCGCCGUGGCCGUGGUGCACGGUGUCUACUACGAGUGACCGGCGUGGGCGGUUUAUUUUUUCAAAUAAAUAGAGCUUACAAUAAAUAAAAAUAA